ACCAUUCCUGUUUCAUUAAAUCUGAACAAGCUGGGUCAAGGCGGCUUCAAGGCUCGCUUCAGAAUUAUUGUUCACAAACGCGAUCGUACAACGGUCACGUCUCCUACGGAAGAGAAAGAUGCUGCUGACCGGACCAUAGAGAAGCAGAGGAAGCAGAUACCAGUACUGGCUAGUAGUUGUUGUGUUUGUGGAAAGGAUCUACAUAGAAUCGGCGCUGCGACUGUAGCAAGCUAGCUAGUAGAGGUCAAGGUCAAGCUUGUUAGUUGGAAGGAGAUAGAUUGGAGGUUGACAAAUUGAGCCCAAAACGAUCGAGUGCUGUAAAAGCAGGAGCCUCGACGCCGCUCAACCAUGGCCAAGAAAGCGUCCAAAAAGCCCGCCGCCACUGCCACUAAAAAGAGCAACAAACCAAAGCAAGAUGAUCAGCCGAAAAAGCAGCCCAAACAACAACCAAGAGUCAUCCAGGUGUCUCCAAAAAUUCGCAAAGUGACGAAUCGAUUGAAAGAGCUGGAAGACGAAAAGGCCAACUUGGAGCGCAUGAUGGAACGACUGAAACGGGCCAAGAAAUACCAAAAGAUCAAGGACGAGGAAGACAAGGCCGCCGAAGCCGCACUUGCCAACAACAAUAAUACCAAGAAUCGAAAUAAUAAUCGACCCAGAACCGAGUCGUUUUCGGAAGAUGCGUUCUCGGAGGAGGGUGGUGAAAGCUUGAGCAGCGACGACGAGAGUCGGCUCUAUCCGACGUAUACUACUAGCAACAACAACAACCACAACGACACAAAGAAGGCCAGCUAUCGACAAUUUGACGACGAUGGAUUGUCCGUCAUGACAGAAGAUAUCUAUCAGUACGAUGCGAGAGGAAGACGAGUCACGGAGGAAGAUCUUGUUAUGGAAGAUACCGAGACACUCUUUGCCUGUUACCAACACAUUACCGGACGCAACAACAACGAUGCCGAUGAUGAUAGCGAUCAAUCCACCGCACACAACACUAGUCGAUCGAGAAAAGACAAGAAAAAGAAGAGCCGGCGCCACGAAUACGGCGGCGAAGAACCCAAUGUCAUGAUUGAAUGGAAACGCGGAAUUACCUACAAACCCGAUGCCAAUUUGGCCUAUGACGCUGGCAAUCCUCAUCAUCCGGCCGAUCUCAGUUUGAUUGUGGCCGAUGAUCAGUCGAAUUGGGACGAAGAAUUGUCCUUUAGUUCGGGAGAUGAUUCUAAAUUGGCUGCCGCCACCACGGACAUGCCGCUGCAAAUUCAACUGUUGGACGCCAUGUCCGUCCACUCGGGGUUGCACAGUGAAUGCAGUGUCUCGGUGGCCGCGGCACCCACUGUCAACCACAAAAGCAGCAGCAAAUCAUCAUCACAACAACAACAGCAAAAACCAUCUACCAAAAGUCUAUCCAUGCUGCACAGCAAACGGCAACAACAACAAUCACACAAUCCUCAAUUUCUGUAUCAACGGAAUAGUAGUAUGGACGAUUCUCAUGAUUCACACGACUUGCACUCGUCGUCAAGACGGAGACGGAGACCCGGAAAAGAGGAACCACCGCCAUUAACGUCGGACAUGUCACUCUUGGACGAACGGGACAAUAAGGACAAGCCAUCACACGACAAUAAGUCCAAGCGAGAUGAACCGCCUCCCUUUGAAAUUACCUUUUCGGGAUUGUCCAAGAGCAAUAGUGUGGACAGUUUGGGGUCCGAGUUGGGUGGGGUCAGUUUGGCGCCAGAGCCGCCGAAAAAGGAACAAUCCAAGAGUUCCGCCAAGGAAACCAACCAUCAUAAUAACAAUGCGAAUAGCAACAAGAAAACGCCAGCGUUCAACAGCAAGAAGAAAAAUAACAACAAAAAACCCAAGCCACCACCGCCGCCGCCCAAAGAACCUCCCGGCCCAGACACAAACAUGUUAUUGGGGGAUCGAGAUUCCGAGUCGGAAGAAAAUGAAUUGAGUACGGGUGAUUUGGCAUUUUCCGUCAAGGACAAGGAAGAAUUUGCCAGGAAUAAACAACAACAGCAACUAGAACAGGCGAAUGCUAGUCCGAAACCAAAGGGACACGAAAAAGGCGCAGCUACCAAUAAUAUGAAACCACCUGCCAAAGCCACGAGACGAUCGUCCACAGGAACUACGCCGCCCAAGAAGCGAGCACAACAACCAAAUACUUGCACCACGGAAAGUAUGCAUAGUUCCACGUCGACAUUGGGAGGCAUGACCGGGGUUGACACUGAAGCAUGCGUGGCAGCACCGAAGCGAGCCACCGUCUCCUCGCCGCCUCGAAAAAACAAAGCGAAUAAUGGAAGAUUAUCGCCUACUCCCAACAACAACAACAAGACGACAAAGGGGCGCAGCAAAGCAGCGGGAAAUGGUGUCAAACGAGGCGAAAAUCUAAAACGAGAGAAUUCCAAUUCGACGUGCGGUUCUUCCAUCACGUCCGUGCCCGGUGCAGUGGACAACAAUGCACGGGCAUUGGUGAUUGAAGGAGAAGCUUUCGUGAAAUAGUGGCCAGAGGAUUGCCAGUCAUCUACUGAAUCCUCGUCAUCUGUUGCAGGGCCACAACGUUAUGCUUCGGGACAGUGUCCCUGAGUCUCUGGACCCAGCGCGCAUUCGCAGUCAAUCCGAUUGAUUCCAUGCAGAGAAGGGUGCUGAGGUUCCGCCCUUUAUUUAUGCACGCGGAGAGACUCAACAAUUGGCGCUGUGGACGGGAACGCCUGAUAUCGCUCUGGCCUAUCCACUAAGGCUUGGUUCGAAGGCUACCGGUAGCGAAGUCUAGUCUACAGUUUGUUGUUGUCUGGGAUCAAUGGCGAUUGUUGCUUCGUAAUUUUUAAUUAAUAGGCACGGCUCUGGCGCUGACUUAUCUAUUGGAUCAAAAAAUUGGUGACUUGAGCGUCGUAGGUGGCAUCAGGUGUCUGAUCAUUGUACACAAUGAAGAUGUCUUCAGGGAAGCCAUAAACCUUGUUGUAGCGAACCUCAAUGUACUUGGCAUUUUGACUGUAGGCAUUUCGGAUGCGUUGGAAAAAUUCCUCCAUAGUUUGAGGGUGGGGUUCGUACAAGAUUUGGUUGUGGUUGCC